AUGCCCGGCGUAGCUUCAGACGCCCGCUUCUUCGAGGUUCCGGUGAAGAACGCAACGGUUGGAUGGUUUGGCCCUCUUGCCUUCAUUGAAUUGCUUGGGGUGUCGCAGUCGAUCGACUCGUUCGACAUACGCUCAAUCUCGUCCCCCUGCAUGCAGCUGUUGGAGGUCUGCUAUCCCGAAACCCAUAUGGCAUGGGGAUGGUCGGCCAACCCCGACUGGACGACCAGGGCAAGCCGCACGGACGUUGUGUUCUCAGACAGCUGGGGUUGGGGUUGGGGCGGCGACGCCACGAAGGACGUCCCCUUCGAGAUCCGCUUCGACUUCGGCGGCCUCAUCAGCCAGGCCGAGUGGAUCAAGUUCAUGGCCCUCUUCUACAACGAGGAGGCUCAGGCUGAGCAUAUCUUCGAGCAGGUCAAGGCGGACUACAACGCUCUCAAAGCCAUCGGGGACCAGCUCCGCAUCGACGCCAGCACCGAGUACAACGGGGCGCAGCCGAAGGUGAUGUUCGUGAGCCAGGGUGUCGUCUUCAACGAGGUCACCAAUCACGUCAUGAACCCUGUCUACAUGACCGAGCUCAUCGCAGGCGCAGGUGCCCAAGUGGUCCCAUUGCCGACCGUAACCCCCACCGGGUGCAGAUUCACCGAGGACACAGAUGCUGCGAGGACGAUGAGUUGCGAAAGCCCGGCUGGUGACGCAGCCUUCAUAGCUCUCCGCCUCGGCAAUCGACGACUCCUUUCUGCCAGCCUACGACCCAGCAAACUACCGAGGUUUCGGCACGAUCUACAACGUCACCCCCGAUCAGGUUCCGGCUCUGGCGCGAAACCCGCCGAACAUCUUCCGCCUCGAUGGGCAGGUCAGUGA